CUACCCCUUGUCAACACAAAUAAGCCUAAUAUUGACUUGCACCUUUGCUGUCUCAUCUUUGACCCAAAAAGGGCCCUUUAGCUGCUAGUAUAGCUGUCUGAGUCGCACAGCUUGUCUCUUUCCCUGAACAGCCCAGGAGUCAUUUUGUUUCACCAUUUUCUCCAAUUUAUUGGAAUUUAGUGCAACUGGUCGUGGAACAUGCUAUGCUUCCUUGUGGUUUUACAUUCUAAGUGGGGCCACUAAGACUGGCUUGUGUUGAGAGGCGGAGUCUUGGGCAAUUGCCGGCAAUCUUAAGAGGCAUUGCACUUGUCUCGGUCUGACAGCACUGGCAGAGCGCGACCACUGGAGUAGAUCACAUGGGGGCCACAUGGGAGGUGACAUACAGAAGACAUUCUUGCCCUGCCUGUUAACCAUAUUUCUGUAAAGGAUUGUACAGUGGAGGAUAGUAAGAUCAGAUGGCAAACGGUACAUGAGAGGUAUUUGAAAUGUGACAUGAAGUGAAUGUUUAGAUGAAAAGUCAGAAAUAAAGUGUUUGUUUGGACCCUAUCUAUCUUGCAUUGAGACUCUGUUUUGUUGUUAGAAUAGGAAAUAAUGUAGUGUCACAGAAUGAAGUGAACUCAACUGUAGCUUGAAGGUAUUUUGUAAUCAAGACCCCUCGGUCUUGAGGAGGAUAGCUGUCUCAGCUACAACAUCCCAACUUGUGGCCAAGGCCAGUGACGAAUAGCAUAUUUUGAACAUCAUGCCAUAGAUUUUUACACUGUAUCAAUCAAAUUUAUUUUAUAAAGCCCUUUUUACAUCAGCAGUUGUCACAAAGUUAUUUAGAUACCCAGCCUAAAUACUAUUGAACAUUGUGUUUUAUCCCUAAUGUGGAGCAUUGGGAGAGGUGUCAUGCGUGGCUGGGAAAGAAUACCUUUAGCAGUAUUAUGACGAAGUGCUCCUAAAGGAUAUAAUAUGACAUUUCCACUGUCUGCCAUAUAAUGGUGGUCAUGUAGUAUGUUAAUGUGUGCCCCAAAACACAACUUAAUUUUCCUUGGAAUGUAUGUCUUUUGAAGGGGGUGAGAAUAGACUGGUCAGGACAUGCUGGCCAUGAAAGUGGUUUAUAAUCCUCUGCUGUAUCACUACAGGAUAUUCUUUGAUUAUUAUGGUGAGUGUGUGUGUGUCUCUCAGGGUCUCCCCACUGUUUUAGCCCAUUUCUCAGAUUCCUGCCCUGUUCCCCUCACACCGGUUUAAACGCCCCUCUGCCUCCUUAAAGGUGUGGCUCUAGCCCAUUCAGGGGGCCUCUGAAUCUCCCUAUGCCACGACUACAGCCCAGAUGAAGGCCCCUACAGCCAUAUUGCAACUCCUCAGUUCCCCUUUUCCAUUGAUGUUAAAACAUUUUUAUACAAAUGAUUUCUGUAGGUGUACAAAUAGGCCUAAUGUUCCUCCUUGGGUGUUUUUAGAUAGUAGUAAUUAAAGGAUGUGGCCCCUUGCCACAUUGCCUGUCUGGUUCAUGGAGGGUAGUGAUUAUCUGUGUGCUUUCUCAAUGCCCGGCAGAGAACAUGAUGACAAGGUACUGGUAUUUCCCUUAAAGAUCGCAGAGGUACAAUGUAUUUGUUUCUCUUAGUGUGAUAGUUAAGUAAUGCAAUAUGAGCUCUGACAGCAAUUUGCCAGAAGCUUGCUGUGUGUUUGUGUGUAGUAGCAUUCUAUACUAAUCCAUCUCAUACAGACUAUUUGAGUUGUCAGUGCCCUAUAAUUUGAAUGUGCAAACUGCUAAUGAUGACCUAUAAGGUUGUUCUGUGGUUAUGCUCGGUGUACUUUUAGUGAUGCAGGCCUGCCUCAAAAACAAAAGUGUUGUCAUUUUGUUAGUAACCCGUGACAAGGCAGUAAAGACUUACUUUUGAUAUCCUUUUUCAGUGUUCGUUACUUGAAACAGAAGUCAACCCUACACCCCCAACCUAAUUAUUGUCUUGCCAAGUAACAGAAGUUAAAACGGAAAACCCCAGCUGUUUUGAGAGAAGGGGUUAAUUUUGCUGUUCAAGCAGGUUUUGUCAAGAAAAUGUCUGUUUUGCUAAUAUUACCCCCUGGGAAUCCAACAUAUGUCUGAACAGAUGUUCACUUGAAAAGGGGUUGAGAAGUUUCAAGUAUUCUGUACUGGGACAUUUUAGAACUCAUUUGGCAUACGUGUGUCAGUUGAUGAUCAUCAUGCAAUACCAUAUUGGUAUACAUAUGACAUGAAGAGAGAGUCUACAAUGUAUCUCUUCUGAAGAGUACUUCUAACAGGACCAAAUGCAGCUGUAGUGAGGCCAAAACAUCAAGGGACCCUACCACCCCAUGCACACUUUCUGCCCUCAGCGGGUGCCUGGCUGUCACGGUUUUACGAGUUGUAAGCCUAUUUAAUUUGAAGUUUCCAUUUUAUUGUUAAUUCCCUCAGGUACACACUUAUUAUAGUGCUUAAUGAGCGCUUUAACCAUGUCCACGUCUCAAGAAGAAAAGGAUGGUAGAGGUGCAAGGGGUGGAGUUUCUUGGGGUCAAUAGCCAAUGGAAAGCACCCAAAUUAUGAGUGGCAUUGAGUUCAGUAUUUAUGAACUGUAAAGUUGUCUCAAACUGACACUGGGCUGUGAAGAGAGAUACGAGUGCAGGUGAGUAAGAAAAUUAUUUGAAAAUGAUCUGCUUCAUAUAAUAUGUGCUUUGAUCAUUAGACUGGUCAAGAGGCCUGACUAGAUUCAUUUAAUUAAUAUAUUUAUCAUUAUUGUAUAAGGGGACGUUUGAUUGCAUGCAUCAAUGAUUGAUCGUGGGUCUAAAACAGGAUUUCUUUAAAUGAGUUAAUUGAUGCUGUGGACAUAAGCUUGAGCACCAGAGCCUUUCCUGGAGUGAAGUGGGAAGAUCUUUAUAUUCUAUAUAAAAUAUCACUGCUGCUCAGUCAAGGUUUAACUUGUCAGUUUAGGGUCAUGUGUAAUGUAAUUAAUCUAUUAAAAGGUGGACAGGUGAUUUCAUUGAUUCACGUGGUAAAUUGAAAGCUUUCUGUGUAGUCUGAUAAAAAUGAAAGGAUAUUUUGAUGUAGGUAGUUUCAAAUGCGAAAGAAACUAGUCAGUUUAUUAUCCAAUGUGCCAAUACAGCUACUAAGUGAACAGCAGGUGUCUGGUCUAUGAUCAAAGCAGAAGAACAUAGAAUUCCUACUGCAUUUUACACCAGUCAAGUGUCUGUGUGUUUUCCAGGUGGCAAGGAUGAUUUCUCAGGUUCUCCUGACGGGGACACUAUGUUGCCUACUCCCAGGUUUGCUGGAUGCUACACCACUGAAGGCUAGAGCUGUGAGGGAGGUCAGCAUCGACUCUGCCCAGGCUCGUGGCUUCCUGUCUCAGUCACGCCCCAAACGGAACGUCGAUCACAAGUGGCACCGCGGCACACCUGAUUUCCAGUCCUACUACAAAUUCUACAACAGCAUCGGCCAUAUUGAAGGACUGUAUGAGAUUGACAGGAUCAGGAUGCUGUAUCAGCAGAUGCGUCACCUGGAGCAGGUCUAUGGGCCAGACGCCUCCAGCUACCAGAAUGCCCUGGGUGUGAUAACCCCACCACCCACCACCAUAGCUCCUACUACCACCACACUGCCUGCUACCACUCAGCCCACUCCUACUACCCAAGCACCACUUUCUUUUACUAAGACUGACGUCCUGUAUCUGUGCAACCCCAAAGACCCCCUCUGUAAAGCUCACAUCGUCUACCUGCCUGCAGGGGCCAUCCCAGUCCUCUGUGACCCACGCUACAACCCUGCCUGCAAACCCCAAACUGCUACGGUGGUCAUUGCUGCUGCACCUAUGGAGCCAGCUCCUGUAGCACCUCUGGAGCCAGCUGUUGAAGCACCACCUCCACGAUCUCCUAAGAAGUCUCUCCAACCUCCUCGUCCUCCUCCCAUCAUCAUUAAAGGGAUGGAGUAUGACUGUGACCCUUACUGGGACCCUGACUGCCUGAUCGAUCACCCACCUCGCCCUGUCAAGGCGACUGAGCCACUACCACCACCCCAUACACUCCCCGUUUUUGUGGAGAAGAAGGUGAAGGAAGACGUUGCUCUUGAGGAGACCAAAACACCUUUUAACCUGCGUGAUUUUCGGCGUGACAUAUUUGACCCUUACCGCUAUUCUGACCAAGCCCCUGACCCGCAGUAGAUGAAUAAAACAACAGAAAAUUGACAUACAAAUAAAACAGUAGUGUUAGUUUACAACAGAAGGUCAGUAAACAAAUACAGGUAGAACAAAACCAUAACAAGCCUGACAAAAUCUUGUAUUCAACGUGUGUAUGUGAGCCUGUUAUUUUCCUUAACAUUAGGACAUUUGUCUGGGUGUGGACUCUACGAGGUGUUGAAAGCAUUCCACAGACACAGUUGUGUCAUGUUGGCUGGAUGUCCUUUUGAUACACACGGGAAACUGUUGAGCGUGAAAAACCCAGCAGCGUUGCAGUUCUUGAAACACUCAAACCGGUGUUCCUGGCUCCGACUACCAUACCCCGUUCAAAAGCACUCAAAUCUUUUGUCUUCUCCAUUCACCCUCUGAAUGGAACACAUACACAAUCCAUGUCUCAAUUGUCUCAAGGCUUAAACAUCCUUCUUUAACCUGUCUCCUCCCCUUCAUCUACACUGAUUUGAAGUGGAUAUAACAAGUGACAUCAAUAAAGGAUCAUAGCUUUCA